AUGCUGGUAAAGCAAUCGAAGCUUCCAUUGGAUGGCAUUGCCACCACCAACUACUUUCAGGCGCUCCAGACGAUGGAGGUCCGGUUUAAAUCGACCGAAUUGACGGAGGACCCGACCUUUGGCGUUCGUCACCAGGUUUUACCUUUGGGUGUGAAACGUCCUGAUGCGCUGCAGACCUCGACCGAGUCCGCUUUCUUCGUUGAGAAACAUCACACGAAGAUCAAGAAAGCUACCAAGGCUUCUUUUGUGCCCGAAGUGGCUGAGGCCAUGCUCAAUGACGAGAACACGGCGCUCCUUAGCUUAUCCCCGACUGUAUUGAUGCCGCCAACAGCAAGUGCACUUGCGCUGACGAUGCUGGAGGGUGGGUCGGCGAUUGACGAGGUCUCUCAGCUGCAUGCAAUCAACCGCGUGCUUUGCGCGACCAAUCAAACGGAAGACAACACGUUCAACAACAAAUGGAAGAAGCUGAUGGGAACAGCGGUUCCCUCCAAACGCGGUGAGAUCUACACCCUGUGUGCCAAGUGGUGA